GAAAAAUCAUGGCAACCUCGUAAUCAUGCAAGUCCCCCGGGAUUAUGUAAGAGCUAUUCCGUUCCUAACUCGUCUAGUCUCGGCUCUAAUUCCAACCCUUGAACUUUAAAUUCGAAAUUCUCCACUCUCAUUUUUCUUUUACAUGAUACUCCAUUCAGUUUUCACAUCUAUUUUCAGCUUUUUCCCCUCUUUACCUUCUUGCGCCACCCAGUUUCUUCGAUUGGUUGAUCUGAUACUCUGGCGUGUUGUUCUCGAUCUUACCCUUUAAUUGCCGACGAAAAUCAUCUAGUGGCACCAGCAGAGUGAGCUGUGCUUUAGAGUGAAUCAGUGACAGAGAAAAGAAGUAAUUGUUCGAAAUUCUCGUAUGGGUUUGUGUGAGUAGUUUUGGGGAAACGAAUUGUUCAAAGGUUAUCUGAAGUUUUGAGGGCUUUGUUAUGCGAGCUAUUCCUUUCCGGGUUUUGUGAGGGUGGCUUUGAUUUGUGUGUGCAUUUGAUAUGGGUGGGUGUUUUCCUUGUUUUGACAAGGAGGACAGCGGGGUCAAGGAAGUGGUCAAGAAAGAUUCUCUUAAAGAAGGUUCAGCUGCUCAGUCUCAUCACGUCAAUAGGGUUAGCUCAGAUGCUACGACCCCUAUUCUACAAUGAAGCAGCAUAUGGUCGCUGUAACCACUGUUCCCAAAUAAAACAAAAUCAAGAAGUGGCUCUGAUUCUAAGAAGGAAUUGCCAGUUCAAAAGGAUGGGCCAACUGCCCACAUUGCUGCACAAACUUUUACAUUUCGAGAGCUUGCAGCUGCCACAAGAAAUUUCAGGCCUGAAUGUUUAUUAGGUGAAGGUGGUUUUGGACGGGUUUAUAAAGGCCACCUUGAAAGCACAGGGCAAGUUGUUGCUGUAAAACAGCUUGACCGCAAUGGCCUUCAAGGAAAUCGAGAGUUUUUGGUGGAGGUGCUCAUGCUUAGCCUCUUACAUCACCCAAAUCUUGUGAGCUUAAUUGGUUAUUGUGCUGAUGGGGAUCAGCGGCUGCUUGUCUAUGAACUUAUGCCUUUGGGGUCUUUGGAGGAUCACCUACAUGAUCUUCCUCCUGACAAGGAGCCUCUGGACUGGAAUACAAGGAUGAAAAUAGCAGCUGGAGCAGCAAAGGGGUUGGAAUAUUUGCAUGACAAAGCAAACCCACCUGUAAUAUAUAGAGACCUAAAAUCAUCCAAUAUCCUGCUAGAUGAGGGUUUUCAUCCCAAGUUAUCGGAUUUUGGGCUGGCAAAACUUGGUCCAGUUGGUGAUAAGACUCAUGUAUCAACACGAGUAAUGGGAACAUAUGGUUAUUGUGCCCCUGAAUAUGCUAUGACUGGACAGCUAACUCUGAAGUCUGAUGUGUACAGUUUUGGAGUUGUUUUCCUGGAACUUAUUACUGGGCGCAAGGCUAUUGAUAAUACACGUGCACAUGGCGAGCAUAAUCUUGUGGCAUGGGCACGACCUCUAUUUAAAGACCGUAGGAAGUUCCCUGCAAUGGCUGAUCCUCUGCUUCAAGGCCGUUAUCCAAUGCGAGGACUCUAUCAAGCACUGGCAGUUGCAGCUAUGUGCUUGCAAGAACAAGCUGCUACAAGGCCUCUUAUUGGAGACGUUGUGACCGCUCUUACAUACUUGGCCUCGCAGACAUAUGAUCCAAAUGGAGCUAGCCACACUUGCCGAGUUGGUCCAUCAACCCCAAGGAACAAGGAGGAUCUAAAGAACACAGCAGAUAGCUCGGGCAGCCCUGAUCAUGGACGAUAUUAUGAAUCACCUUCAACCCAUAAAAACUCGCCUGAUUACAGGAAGAGAGAUGGUAGGGAUACAAGUGCUGGGACAGGCUUGGGAAGGAUUGAAACUGGUGGGGGCUCAGGAAGAAGAUGGGGAUUGGAUGAUGGAGAAAGGCAGGACUCUCAGAGAGACAGCCCUGUAAAUGCUGGAAGAGGUAGGGAAACUCCAAGGAACCGUGACCUAGACCGAGAACGCGCAGUUGCAGAAGCAAAAGUAUGGGGUGAAAACUGGAGAGAUAAAAAGCGGGCAAAUGCGAAGGGAAGCUUUGAUGCUACAAAUGAGUGAAAGCAUCAAAACUUUGAUUCAUUUUACUUUUUAUCUACUACUGAAGAGGUGCAUGAUUGAGUCAGGAAGUAAAUUUUCAGGAGGGUCAUCCUUUAACAUCUUGAUUUCAUGUCUACCCUGGGAGUAAACGUCAUGGUCUAGUUUGGACUAGUCUCCUGCAACAUUCUGGUAUUAUUGAUCAAGAGUUGAAAGAAACACAGAUGCUGUGAGAGAGAGAGAGAGAGAGAGAGAGAGAGAGAGAGAGAGACUAGUGUGGAUUGGGGCAUUCAAAGUUUAUAUCCAUGCAUGUGCAAAAUGUUGGUGCAAGAGCAGAAAAAGGCGUGUAAUUUUGCCCCUCUUGCUUGUAAAUGGGGGAGCUUGGUGAAUUUGUGUGUAAGUCACUGAUGUGACGUGUAAUCGUACAGUCUCCAUUUUACCUUAUGGUCCGAGCUUCGUGUUUUCGGCUUAUACAAAAUGGCUUAUUAUACUACACUCCGCAUGUUUAAUU